AUGUCUGAUUUAUCGGCGAUCCGAUCUCGCAGAAGAUACAGAGGCACAGACGACACAUCACAAUACACGACACAAGGGGGAACAGCAGCACAACUUGGACAGACAGCGAUCAAUUUUGACUUUCAGCAGCCCGAAGUCAAGGAGCAUAAUUUUCAGCAAACCGUCUCCACCUCGAUCAAUACCGUUUUUGGGGCCUCGACAACACAACUUUGGAAUUCAGCACAAGAAGCGUUUUCAUCGUUUCAACCAUCGUAUUACUUGCCCACAUCAUCGAGUUUCUCUAAUCUUCCUCCAUCAGAGCCCGAGGAACCUGCUUCUAAAGAUCCUGAGCUUAUCUGGUUUGGAAAAGAGGAAAAAAUCCCUGCAAAUAUGCCGUCUCGAGAUCGAACCACCGAAUUCAAAACAACCGCAAAAUCGUUUCAAAUGAAACAGCAAGGAAAUGGUUUCCCUCAAGCGUCACACAAAAAUGGAGUCAUCAAUGAAUCGAUUCAAUUCAAUCAAAUUGCCAAGCGCAUUGGAAGGGAUAUGUCUUUGACAUGUGCAAAAAUGGAACGGUUGGCUGAAUUGGCGAAGAAAAAGAGCUUAUUCAAUGAUGGACAUGAAGUAGAGGGUCUUUCCAAAGAUAUCACCGAGGCUAUCAAAGCGUUGAAUAAACAAAUCGCCGCUCUGCAAGAAUAUUCGCGUAAAAGAAAUGGACAAACGACAUCUAAACAGGGACAAGGUCACUCCAAUUUGGUUGUUGUUGGAUUGCAGUCCAAACUAGCAAACGUUUCGAAAGAUUUUCAAACGGUUUUAGAAGUUCGAACCGAGAACUUGAAGCAUCAAAAGUCCAGGCGUGAGAUGUUCUCGAUGGCUGGCCCAGAAAUUAGUUCUCUACCGACUUCAAGUGGAACGCCAAUGAUUCGAUCGCGUCUUUUGGAUGAUGAUGCAAGUGCUGGAGGUAGUGUGACUUUGAAUAUGGAUUUGCUUGCGCCGCAUCAAUCACAACAGGUUUACGCCGAUCAAUCAACUGCUUAUGCCCAAGCUCGCUCGGAUACGAUGGCUUUGAUUGAAGGAUCUGUUUCAGAACUUGGUCAAAUCUUCUCUCAACUUGCACGACUUGUCUCUGAACAAGGGGAAAUGAUCGAGAGGAUCGACUCCAAUGUUGAAGACACUGCAAUCAACAUUGAUGCGGCGCAUACAGAGAUUCUUCGCUACUUCCACUCGAUCAGUCAAAAUCGCUGGUUGAUGAUCAAAAUGCGAGUAUCGGCAGCACUCAUUGUGUGGUCAUCUUUCGCGAUGACGGCGGCCACGGUGACGCACGCCUUUCUCAUCCACAAGCAAUUCUACCCGUCGAUUGUCUACCUCACAAAAAGCAACGCUUCAAUGGCGGUUAUCUACACGCAGGCUAUCAUUCUCGCCUACUUGGUCUUUCAGCUAAUGAGACGGAUAUUCUUCGGUGACUUGAGAGCUAGCGAAAGCGAACAUCUUAGCGAACGGACAUAUGCGGCCAUAAUGGAGACUUGUUUAGCAUUCACUGUUUUCAGGGACGAGUUCAAUUCUACGUUUGUGAUGCAAUUUGGCCUUUUGUUAUUUGUCAAGGCUUUUCAUUGGCUAUCAGAAGAUCGAGUGGACAUGAUGGAAAGAAGUCCGGUGAUCACUCUCAAAUUUCAUCUACGAAUGAUGGCGCUGGUUUGCCUUCUUGGUGGUAUUGACUCUUUUAUGGUAUCUCAUGCCUACUUCACCACUUUGAUUCGUGGAGCGAGUGCACAAAUUGUAUUUGGAUUUGAAUACGCAAUUUUGAUGACCGUUGUGUUCCACGUAACAAUCAAGUACGUUCUUCAUAUGCACGACCUUCGAUCAGCAACUCAAUGGGAGAACAAGACCGUUUACAUGCUUCAUACUGAACUUUUUAUAAAUGCGAUUCGAUGUGGAAUCUACUUUUGUUUUAUGGCAUUCAUGCUGAAGGUUCACACAUUCCCAUUGUUUGCUGUUCGACCAUUCUAUCACUCGCUAAGGGACUUCAAGAAGGCACUUGCCGACGUGGUUUUGUCACGACGUGCAAUCAAUGCAAUGAACAAUCGUUUCCCGGUUGUUUCUGCAGAAGAACUUUCGAGAAUGGAUGCCACUUGUAUCAUUUGCAGAGAAGAAAUGACCGUCGAAUCAGCUCCAAAACGUUUGCCCUGCAACCACGUCUUCCACUCAAAUUGCCUCCGCAGUUGGUUCCAGCGACAGCAAACGUGCCCGACUUGUCGAACAAAUAUUCUCAACAAUGUUCCAACCGCUCCAGCACAAAACGCGGCUCCCGGAGCUAACAACAAUGCGAUGAACAAUAACAAUAAUGGGGUUGCGUUUGGAAAUGUUCAGGGAAUGGCAAUGCGGAUUCCGCCAAACUUUUUUCCACUCAUGGCGCAUCAGUUUGCCCAUCAGCCACCUCCGGUGCCACCACAAAAUGCUGAAAGGCAAAAUCAACAAGGCGGCGAGGCUCAAGCUGAACAGCCAAUGCCCGAUCACGCACCUUUCACCAUGCCGCCUUUCAUGUUUCAACCACCACCACCACCACCGAUGUUUGGAAUGCCUGGAAUGUUUCCACCUCCGCCAUUUCCUUUUCCACCUCGUCCGAGUUUCAGCGGACUCACUGAUGAAGAGCUUCGACAACUUGAAGGCAAUACUCGAGGCGCCCUUGAAGCACGUAUUCAGACGCUGAGCAACAUUUCGUCGUUACUUGACGCAGCUGUUCUUCAGAUGCAACAAUACAUUUCGAUUGUCAGCAUGCCUUUGACUUCUUUCAACGCGACUGAAACGCCAUCCACUAGCGAAAGACCAAACGACACGCCGACAACCACGCCGACGCCGACAAUACCUACUCCAAAGCUGAACACGACGUUUGGUCCAUCAUCGAGUAACAGUGGAAUUACGGCAUCAAGCAAUUCGGAAGCUGAAGCAUCCUCAACUAAAGUCGAGCCAAGCGACGAGAAAGCGACCACAUCGGAUAUUGGGCCAAAUGGGGACGAUGGCGAGAUGCCGCCAUCAACAAGCGAAAACACAAAUGAUCCUCUUGAUGCAAUGCGACAACGGCGCUUACAGAAAUUUGCCAAGACGGAA